AUGGUCUUAGUUGCAGACCGGCGUAAGGAGGGUCUGGACGUAGAUAAACAUAAUAUGCAUGCUGCAAUUGAUAAAUAUCGUUUAGCAGUGCGUCAAGCUAUUUCAAAUCAUCAAAUUGGACAUAAUAGCUCCUUUUUUGAAGAUAAAAUAAUUAACAAUGCACCUAUAGAAACGACUGGACCUUUUGCUGGAUACACGGCUUUGCAUAUAGCUUGCAUGGAUGGAGAUGAAGAACUUAUAAGAUUAUUAGUUGAAGACUACCAUGCAAAUGUAAAUGCUGUUGCUGACGAUGGAACUCAACCUAUUCAGCUGGUGCCAACGUUGAUGCUGAAAUAG